GUCACCUCUUUGGCAGUGGUCAUGACCCAAACGACACAGAGUGCUCCAAGACAGAACAGUUCGGGGGCAAAUUCCUUAUGAAUACAAUUUCCGUCUUUGGCAAGUACCCUAAUAAUUUGAAAUUCUCACCAUGUUCUCUGAGACAAAUUGGUCUAAAGAUGCCCAAUCAUAACUGUCUAACUCCCCGGUCAACUGGUGCGUUCUGUGGCAAUGGUGCUGUAGAAGACGAGGAAUACUGUGAUGCUAGUUCCAAGGGGAUGGAAGAUCUGGACCCAUGUUGUGACAGAUACUGCAAGUUGAGAGGAAAUGCCACAUGCAGUGACGCCAACCAUAUUUGCUGCAAGAACUGCGUGAUAGCUCCAGCCAACACACCAUGCCUCCACAGCGAGCCUGUGGACUGUACAAAACCCAGCUUCUGCUCAGGGCGUGAUCACUCCUGUCCAAAACCAGCCUAUGUUCCAGAAGGGACACCUUGCCCAGGCCCAGGACAUUGCUACAGUGGGAAAUGCCUGAGCUUCUGUCAAGCACUGUCACGAAAUAGGAGCGUCCGGCUGCAGGCAUGCAUGUGUCGGACAAAUGCUGCUUGCAAGUCGUGCUGCUUUAAUACAGAAAGGGCCAAUGUUUCUGACUGGUGCCAGGUGUACUCCAACGAGUCUGUGUUAGAUGGUACACCCUGUUACAUGGGAUUUUGUAAGACUGGUGUUUGUGAAUCAUAUGAAGCGUCUACCUUUAAGAGAUUCCAAGGUUUUCUUAAACAAAUGAAAACGCCUGAAUUAGAAACGUUUCUGAAGGGCAACCUUGUGAUGUUAUUGAUUCUGAUUAGCCUAAUCGUCUGGUUGCCUGCUACCUUCUACAUUUAUAGAGCA